AUGAAAACUGCCAUCGUCGUUGGAGCCGGUGCCGGCGGCAUAGCCACGGCCGCUCGUCUAGCGAAAGCCGGAUACAAAGUCACUGUCUUGGAGAAGAACAACUUUCUCGGCGGCAGAUGCUCCCUCAUUCAUCAUGAUGGCUACAGAUUCGACCAAGGCCCAUCACUCCUUCUUAUGCCAGAGGUGUUCUACAAAACAUUUGCUGAUCUGGACACAACGCCUGAAUCAGAGGGCUUAGAACUUCUUAAAUGCGAGCCAAACUAUCGGAUCUGGUUCCAUGAUAACGACUACUUCGAGCUCUCAACCGAUCUCUGCAAAAUGAAGCCCCAACUCGAGCGCCAUGAAGGCUCCGACGGUCGUGUGAAGCGUUAUUUUAAGUCCGAUAAACUUCGACGCAUUUUUACGUUUGCGAGUAUGUAUCUUGGCAUGAAUCCAUUCGAGGCGCCAGGGACGUAUUCGCUACUGCAGUAUACUGAGCUUGCGCAUGGGAUUUGGUACCCGAAAGGAGGCUUUGUGAAGAUCUUAGAGGCUCUUACAGACGUUGGGAAACGACUAGGGGUCGAUUACCGCUUAAAUACAGAAGUUACUUCAGUCAUUUCUUCCCAAAGAGAAAUACGAGGAGUCAAGCUUCAAUCAGGCGAAGAGUUGCUGGCCGAUACCGUCAUUAUCAAUGCUGACCUAGUCUAUGCAUACAACAAUUUGCUGCCUCCCACGCGCUACGCAGAAAGCCUGACUAAAAGACAAGCAUCGUGCAGCAGCAUUUCGUUCUUCUGGUCUUUUGACCGUGUCAUUCCAGAACUCCAGACCCACAAUGUCUUUCUCGCAGAGGAAUACAGGGAGAGUUUUGAUGCAAUCUUUCAUCGUCACGAUCUACCCGCGGAACCGUCAUUCUACGUCAAUGUUCCUAGUCGGAUUGACCCCUCUGCUGCGCCCGAGGGCAAAGAUGCAGUGGUGGUAUUAGUGCCCGUUGGCCAUCUCACAUAUGACCCGGAUAAUCCGCAAGAUUGGACCUUCUUGAUAAACCAUGCUCGGGAUGUCGUUUUCAAAACUAUCGAGUCCCGAACGGGGGCAAGUCUGAGGGAUAGUCUUGUCUUGGAGUCUGUUGAGACACCUAUGACCUGGCAGUCUAAGUUCAAUCUUGACCGUGGGGCGAUUUUGGGUCUCUCGCACUCGUUUUUUAAUGUAUUGAGUUUUCGACCAAAGGUGAGACAUGAUAUCAAGGGCUUGUAUUUUGUCGGUGCAAGUACACAUCCUGGAGCUGGUGUUCCUGUUGCUCUAUGUGGUGCAAAGAUUGUCAACAACUAA